AUGCCAGCCCAGGAGACGCCCACGAGACCCCUCACGAGGCUGGCGUGUGAAAGAUGCCGGUCCCAAAAGCUCCGGUGCGAAUGGCCCAAGGACGGAAAGGAUAGAACCUGCAAUCGGUGCAGACAGAGGGGCUUGUGCUGCACGAGAACGCUGUCCUGUCGUCCCGGAAGACCUUCGCGUUUGCGCGAGGCCAACGCCGCUCCCGUCAAGUCUCCUUCGUCGGUGGAACAGAAGCCGCUGCCGCUGCUCAUGUCUCCCUUGUCGUUUGGCCAGCAGCAGAUUCCGCUGCUGCCGCCUUCAACGACGGCAUGGUCGCCAUCCUACAGUCACCACGCAAAGUAUUCACCAGGUUUCAAUCCCAUCAUGACACCCCAGGAUGUGGACUUCACGGGCUCCCUCUCUUCGGAGUGGGGGAGUUAUAAUCUAGUCUCCGGCGUCCUACCGGACGAGAACGCCGAUGACCAACAGGUUGGCUGGUCACUUCCCAGUCCAAGCCCAUCUUCUCUCCAAGAACAGCAGCCCUGCCAGAACCCGCUCCAGGCAGUGUCGCCACAGCAAGAGAUGUAUCACCCGACUUCCGAGCCUCAGCAGCAAGGACUACAUUCACUGCCGGAGCAGUUUUUCGCUCCGGACCCAAGCCAGUAUUCGCCGUCUCCAUCGUCUCAAGAUCAUCACACCGUCCAGCCAACCUUUGCGGACGGCGAUGUCUGCAACAUUGCGUCUCUCACCAGCCACCUGUUUGAGCUGAUGUAUUUGUGCCAGGCCCAGUUCAGCCACCAAACUUCAUCAGAAGGCUCGAGCACAUCGACGCCCGGAGGCGGCUCUCGACAACAUCAUCAACAACAACAACAGCAGCAGCAACAGCAGCAUUACAGGCCAAAGAUCUCCCUUAGUGGAAUACUAACCUGCACCCAGAGGCUCUCCAGCCUGCUGGCGCCAUAUGCCUCCCCCUGGGACGGGCGACAGGGCUCGCUCCCAGGCCUGAUCCCGGCCGUGGCGGACGGGCCCACCAACAUUCUCAUACUGUCGUGCUACGCCAAGAUCUUUGAGGGCUUCCGCCAGCUGAUGUCGGGGGUCUACCACCGGCUGCUCGGCGGCCAAACCACCACCAAUCUGUACGAGCUCAAGAUCGACGACGUCGCCGUCGGCGGCGACGGCCACCUCGAAAUCCUGAUCCUGAUCCAGAUAAUCACGCACAAGCUCAACACUCUCGGCGCCCUCCUGGGAGUGCCCGACAAGCACCGCGUCGGCGUGGGCGACGACGCGAUGGCGGGGGAACACGGAGCGGCGGAGGCGUGUUGGGAGGUGGCCGCGCUGGACGACAUGCUUUCGGGUGGCGCGGGAAGCAGGCACGUGUUUGGAGACGAGGGCAAUCCCAUGCCGAGCGCCGCGGCUGCUUUUGGCGAAGAGCUCCGUCUGAUCAGGGGUCUUCUCGACCACAAAGCGAGAAGCGCAUGGCCGUGUCAUUUUUUGGAAUUGAAAUAG